AUGUCAGAUGCUGCUGAAGUAUACGAAUAUGAAGAAGCCGAUAUAAAAAAUUUACCAAUAGAUAAUACAUUAUCCAGAAAAAUAAAGGAUAUAGUAGCAGGUUUCAUAGGUGGUGCUGUUCAAGUUUUAAUAGGUCAACCGGCUGAUUUAGUUAAAAUUCGUUUACAAACAACAAAUGCUAACUCAUCUAUACAAGUGAUAAAAGAUGUAUGGCAGAAUGAAGGAAUACUAGCAUUUUAUAAAGGAACAUUACCGCCUUUAAUUGGAGUUGGUGUAUGUGUUUCAUUGCAAUUUUAUGGGUUUCAUGAAACUAAAAGACAAAUAUUACAAUAUACUGGACAGAAACAAUUGAACUUAUGGCCACAGACUUAUAUUGCUGGAGCAAUGGCUGGUGUAGUAAAUACACCUGUCGCCUCACCUGUUGAACAAUUAAGAAUUUUGAGUCAAUCGUCCAAAACCGGUCAAUCAAUAUCUAUGCUAAAUACUAUAAAACAAAUUUACAACACCCAAGGGUUUAAAGGAAUAUAUAGAGGUUUUAAUAUUACGUUGCUACGAGAAUUUCAAGCAUAUGGUGUGUGGUUCUUAAUAUAUGAAACAAUAAUUCAAAAGUUGAUAAAAUAUCAUAAAUUCAAAUCAAGAGAUCUGAUUUCAACUCCUGAAUUAUUGGCUAGUGGAGCUUUGGCUGGUAAUGCAUUAUGGUUAAGCUCUUACCCAUUAGACGUUAUAAAAUCAAAUAUUCAAAGUGAUGGAUUUGGAGCUAAUAGUAAAUUUAAAGGAAGUAUUGCAAAAGCUGCCAGAUAUAUUUAUCAGAAUCAUGGAUACAUGGGAUUUUGGAGAGGUUUGACUCCUUGUUUGUUGAGAGCCGUCCCAUGUAGUGCAGGCACUUUUGCGAGUGUGGAAUUAGCUUUAAGAGUAAUGGGGUAG